AUGUAUGUCUCUUCUCUUUCUUUUCUUUCUCCCCCUCCCCACAAGCUACUAAUAUUUAUACUUGAUCUACUGAUUGUGCUCUCUCUCUCUCUCUCUCUCUCUCUCUCUCUCUCUCUGACAAAUGAUCCAUUUACCUUUCUUUUGAUCUGCAUUUCUAUCCACUUGCUCUCCAUCUUCCAACAAUAUGCAUAUCCACUUGCAUUUCUUUAUCCAUCACUGCCUUUUACUUUUUUCUUUUUUCUCUUUCCUUCUUUUUUCUCUUUCCUUCUUUUUUUCUCUUUCCUUCUUCUCUUUCCUUCUUUUCUUCUCUUUCCAUCUUUUUUCUCUUUCCAUCUUUUUUCUCUUUCCAUCUUUUUUCUCUUUCCUUCUUUUUUUCUCUUUCCUUCUUUUUUUCUCUUUCCUUCUUUUUUUCCCUUUCCUUCUUUUUUUCCCUUCUUUUCUUCUCUUUCCAUCUUUUUCUCUUUCCUUCUUUUUUCUCUUUCCUUCUUCUCUUUCCUUCUUUUUUUCUCUUUCCUUCUUUUCUUUCCUUCUUUUCUUCUCUUUCCUUCUUUUCUUCUCUUUCCUUCUUUUCUUCUCUUUCCUUCUUUUUUUCUCUUUCCUUCUUUUUUUCUCUUUCCUUCUUUUUUUCUCUUUCCUUCUUUUUUUCUCUUUCCUUCUUUUUUUCUCUUUCCUUCUUUUUUUCUCUUUCCUUCUUUUUUUCUCUUUCCUUCUUUUUUUCUCUUAUUCUUUAGUGUUCUACUUUUCUCAGUUCUUGACCUAUUAUCUUUUUCUUUUUUCUUUCUUCCUUCUUUCUCUGUUUUUAAUUCAAAAUGUUAG